GUCUAGUUCGCAACCCCUCAGAAAAAAUUGCAAAAAAUUGCAGUAACAAAAAACCUUAAUUAAGCCGGAAAUAGAAGGCUUGUAUUAAAUAUGUCUGAUGUAGAUGAUGAUUUUAUGUGCGAGGAUGAAGAAGACUAUGGAUUGGAAUAUUCCGAAGAUAGCAAUUCGGAACCAGAUGUGGACCUUGAAAAUCAAUAUUAUAAUAGUAAGGCAUUGAAAGAAGACUCACCGAAAGAAGCCUUAUUGUCAUUUCAAAAAGUUCUGGAUCUUGAGAACGGCGAAAAAGGAGAAUGGGGCUUUAAGGCUCUAAAACAAAUGAUUAAGAUCAAUUUUAAAUUGUACUCCUUGAAACAGAAUAAUUAUGCGGAAAUGAUGAAUCGCUAUAAGCAAUUGUUGACAUACAUAAAGAGUGCUGUGACACGAAAUCAUUCGGAAAAGUCGAUUAAUUCGAUUCUGGAUUACAUUUCUACAUCCAAAAAUAUGGAACUGCUACAAGACUUUUAUGAAACGACGCUUGAUGCACUGCGAGAUGCCAAAAAUGAUCGAUUGUGGUUUAAAACCAACACAAAGCUUGGUAAACUAUAUUUUGAUCGGAAUGACUUUGUCAAGCUACAGAAGAUUUUGAAGCAGCUGCAUCAAUCAUGUCAAACGGAUGAUGGUGAAGAUGAUCUGAAAAAAGGAACACAAUUAUUGGAGAUUUAUGCUCUUGAAAUUCAAAUGUAUACAGUUCAAAAGAACAAUAAGAAGCUUAAAGCACUCUAUGAGCAAUCAUUGCAUAUUAAAUCUGCGAUUCCACAUCCUUUAAUUAUGGGUGUCAUACGUGAAUGUGGUGGCAAAAUGCAUCUUCGCGAGCAGGAAUAUGAAAAGGCUCAUACAGACUUUUUUGAGGCAUUCAAAAACUAUGACGAGUCAGGAUCGCCACGACGCACAACAUGUCUUAAAUAUCUCGUUCUUGCUAACAUGCUCAUGAAGUCAGGAAUCAAUCCAUUCGACUCACAAGAAGCUAAGCCAUACAAAAAUGAUCCAGAAAUUUUGGCAAUGACCAAUCUUGUUGUUAGCUAUCAAAAUGAUGAUAUUAUGGAGUUUGAGUCGAUUCUACGCAAUAACAGAAAUAACAUUAUGGCAGAUCCAUUCAUUCGUGAGCACAUUGAAGAUUUGUUGAGAAACAUCAGAACACAAGUCUUAAUUAAGCUUAUUCGACCGUACACAAAAAUCGCAAUUCCUUUCAUCAGCAAUGAACUUAACAUUGAGCCAGCAGAAGUCGAAAGUUUGCUCGUAUCUUGCAUUUUGGACAACACAAUCCAAGGUCGCAUUGAUCAAGUCAAUCAAGUUCUGGAACUAGAAAAGGAAGACAGUCGUCACGGCGCUCGAGAUAUAGCCAUUGAGAAAUGGUCAAAUCAAAUAAAUUCAGUUCAACUUGCAAUCUUGAACAAAAUGUCAUAAACUGUUGAGUAAGUCAGUUAAACAUCUGUUCCAUUUAUUAAACGCUUUGUCCUAAUGUUCUUCUCAUAAAAAAACAUGAUUGAAUAAAAAAAAAAAGAUUAGAAUCACGAGAAA